AUGAGGCUGUUCAAAGCGAGUCUCAUCUAUUCUGUGCUGCUAUGGUCGGGCUCUUCUAUUGGACGUCCGCUACAGCUGCUAGCCUCUCCAUGCGACGAACUCGAGGCUAUCAUGACGGACUAUGGGACGCUGGAGGGAACGCUACAGGGAGCCAUGAUCCUCCUCCGCUGGGACACGACACAGGCUGGAAGGGUGGCGAGGCAGCUGCUUACACUCCUCGACGAGGCGACGCUGAAUAUCCAGGCUCUUUACGGAUCCAUUCCGACUUGCAGCCCAGCUGAGACCCUCAACCCGCGUCAGAACACCGAAAUAUGCGAGGCGCUGAGCAAAGUGUCUGCGGAUGUGGCCCAGCUAGCGACUCUGAUGGAUGAGUUUGCCGCUUCCCCGGAUCUGCCACGCAACCUGUAUAUCGAGGCACUGCAGGAGGCUGCUGAUGAUGCGGAGGUGAAGAUUUUGGGUGUGCAGGCUGCGUUGAAGGCGUCGGAUGGGUGUACAUAA